AUGAAGAACUUAGCAAAUAUGGGGAGUGGUGUAUCAGCAUCAGUGGAUGAGAACGAUGAUGAAGAUAUUUCAAAAUCAGCUUUUGCGUCAUUUCAAGCAAGAGAAGAAGAAAUCGAGAAAAUGAAAAUGCAAGUCAAGGAAAAAGUUGAAAUGAAAUUAGGCCAAGCUGAAGAACAAACCAGACGCUUAGCUCAAGUUUGGGAAGAGCUCGAAGUUUUGACAGAUCCAAUGAGGAAAGAAGUAGCAUCGGUCCGAAAGAAGAUAGAUGUGGCUAACCGUGAGGUCAGAUCGCUCGGGCAAAGCUGCCAGAAGAAGGAGAAAGAGUAUAAAGAAGCAUUGGACGCUUUUCAUCAAAAGAAUAACGAAAAAAACCAACUAACUGCCACGUUAGUCGAGUUGGUGAAAGAAAGUGAGAAUGUGAGGAUGAAGAAACUUGAGGAGCUCAGCAAGAACAUUGAUCCUUCAUGCUGAUUAUAUAUUAUUAUAUGGAUCCACUUACAAAAGUUUUUUUUUUUUUUUUUGUUUCGACUUUAAUGUUAUGUGUUGUAUGUUUGAUGAUGCUUUGCUUCUCAUAAAUGAUUCAUUUGUAAUUGCCAAUUAAAGAAUUUUUCUUCAUAUAAUUACUUAUCCA